AUGGAACACUCCAGCGCAGCAGCACCGUCAAACCAGACCAACACUACGGGAUACCUACCAGACGCCUCAGCAGAGCUUCAAUUUGAUCAGUUAGCCGAGCUCCUUAAGCGUUUCCUUGACGAUUCGAAUUCCAGUCCAGCUGGGUAUCAACUCGUUGAUCUCUUGCAAGAAGCACAUCACAAGGCCAUUGCCGAGAAGGACAAGGUCAUUGCCGAGAAGGACAAGCUGCUAAAGACAGUCGAGCGUAAGAACCGCUUGCUUGAGAUGCGGGUCCGCCGACGCGAUGAUGGGCUAGAGCAGUCUGUUCGAGAGACAUCUACUGCGAGGACCGAAGCCGAAAGGGCCAAAGAGGAGGCCAAAGUGGCCAAAGAGGCCAAUCCCGACGCUCCGAAGAUAAUCUAUCGGGACAGCCAGCGACGCCCGGACAACCUCCUUUCGUAUACCCUCACUGCGCUCAACAGGCAUGCAGAUGUGCUGGAAACACGGGUUGCUCAGCAGGCGGAUCACAUCGGUUUUCUGAAGGAAAUGAACACUCUCCUGAAAGAUCGGAUCAUUCGCUUGCUGGAGGAGCUCUGUCAGCUGAAGGUUGAAAAAGCCGCAGAAAAGAAAGCCGAGAUGGAGAAGAUUGUCGCGGAUAACAUGGCUCGCUUUAAGCGGCCGAGGCAGGACUGA